UCCAACCUCGAAAUGGUUUCGGUGAAAAAUGAACGUUUUAUAGCAAUGCGAAAACGUCUCUGACGAUCAAAAAUGCGCAGAAUAAAAUGGAGAAAUCAGAUUGCUCAGAGGCGCGGCGCCGCGCGGAGCGGCACGUUUGCUAUUUGCUCAAGAGUUACGCAGACCUAGGCCUGUCGACAGAGGAGAUGCGUGCGGCGGUCUUGUCGCGCGACCCGCCACGUAAAAACAACAAAACGUGGCUUCUCGUAGCGGCCGUUACCGUGCUGCUUGCUUCCGUUUCGUACCAAUACAGUAUUCCUUCGCAAAUUUUCAACUAUGUGGUCGGAGUACGGUGCUUGAUCCCGAACAACUAUUUCGUGUGGGAGGCGACCAGGCCAGUCUCCGACUGCCACUUUUGCUCAAACGUGACGCGAGCCCUCGUCCUUCCCAACGUCACGCGCGAGGAGUUCGCCCCUUACGCGUACUCGUCAAAGCCCAUAGUCAUAAGGGGCGCUUUCCUCCAUUGGCCCGCAUUGAAAACUUUCGACUUGCAGUAUUUCAAAGCGUUGUACGCGUCCGUGCCCGAUUCCCACAGGAGCGUCGACGAAGAGUGCCAAUUUCUACAUUUUAAGUCGGAUUUUAUUUCGCUCAAGGACGUUUUUGACAUGAGUCAGAGCAGAGUCGACAAUCUGGAAGGCGAAAGAAGCUGGUACGUCGGCUGGGGCAAUUGUCAUCCCGAUAUCCUGGAGGAAAUGCGGACGCAAUACCCCAAGCCCCACUUCCUGCCGCUAGACGCCGAGCUCCCUUAUAAAGACUACGUCUUCAUGGGCUACGACGAUGGGGCGACGAUGCACCUCGAUUAUAUCAAUCGCCUGAUGUGGCAAGCCCAGCUCAGGGGCUCGAAACGUUGGAAGCUGCUGCCGCCGCCCGAGUGUCAAAGCGUCUGCGAAGGAGUGGAGUUCACCGUGGUUCCCGGUGACGCAGUUUUGGUGGACACCAGGGUGUGGUACCACUCCACGAAGAUAGCGCCGGGCGAAUUCAGCCUCUCGGUGCAGUCCGAAUACGGUUAGUCAGUGCCAGUAUAAAGUUUAUCUCCUUAUCCCCGUAGCCAAAGUUUUUUGUAUCUAAUUUUUUAUUCUAGUCCUUAAGGUAUAUUUCCUAUACUAUAUAAUUUUAUUUACAUUUUUACUGUGCGUUAGUGGUUUUUCUUAAGUUACCGUCUAGAAUUUAGUGCCAUUUUUUCUGCCAACAUGCCAAAUCGUUUUGUUUUUGUAGUUACCAAAUAAACCUGUUUGAUACUUUAUUCUGCGUUUUUUUUGUUG